CCUCUCCUAUUGUGCCUACUAGCUAUUUUCCUCCUGUUUAUAAAGACAAGUUGGAUCCUUGUUCGUUUAAGCUUAAGCAGAGAAAAGUAGUUAUGGAUGCACCACAGAACAUUAAGCAGUAAUUUGGAGGGCAGGGGGACAAGAGACAAAAUUAGCUCGUGCAACGGCAUCCUUUAAGAGAGGUUAAGCUGGCUGACUUCACCGAGACUGUUGGUGCAUAGCGACGGAGCACUUUCUCUUCUGCAUAAAAAGAUCAUCACCAUCAUUGCCGUAAGCAUUUAAACUGUCCUUUCUCAGUGCAGAACACUUUGCAUGCACGGUUAAAGUAAUAAGAAAAGAAGAAGAACCCUGCUGGAUCAGACCAAAGACCCCAUCGAGUCCAGAAUCCUGUUCUCAGCUUGGACCACCAGAGUACCAUAUGAAGCCCACAAGAGGACCUCAGUACAGCAGAAAAAGGGUGCAAGAAAUUAAUCCAAACAUGGAUGUCAAAAAGCCCUGGCGUGCCAAAAAGACGAUGACUCCAAGCGCCCGAAAGCAAGUGAAGAUGCUGCGUGAAAUGAAGGCUGUCCAAGCAGCAGAAAAAAUGGCAAAUAGUACCUCCGUUGUGUAUAAUCAUGUUCAUUUAAAAAGGGCUGAAACAAGUGGCUUAAGUCAGAACUCUCUGAAAGAACCUAACCUUCAACCGAAAUCAAAGGAAACUCUGUUGCACCCUCCAACAUUAAAGGAGUCCAUAACCAAUUUAGUUGUUAAUUCUGAAAUGAAGGCUGUCCAAGCAGCAGAAAAAUUGGCAAAUAGUACCUCCGUUGUGGAUAAUCAUGUCCACUUAAAAAGGGCUGAAACAAGUGGCUUAAGUCAGAACUCUCUGAAAGAACCUAACCUUCAACCGAAAUCAAAGGAAACUCUGUUGCACCCUCCAACAUUAAGGGAGCCCGUAACCAAUUUAGUUGUUAAUUCUGAAAUCAGUAUUUAUAACAGUAGUCGUGAAGGAUCCCAAGAUCUUCCCUACAAGGUUUGCACUGAAGACUCUGAUUUGGAGCAAUUUCUGAAUGCUGGAGCCUUACAGGAUCUACUGUAUUAUUACCUUCAAAAAGAACCCAGUUCCUCAUCACAUAAGCCGGUGGAAGUACACUUGAACUCUGAGCCGCUUGCCCAGCUUUCUGGCCAAUCGGAACAUGAGCUUUCAGUGACUUCUCCGAUGCGCAAGAUCCCUGCCUUAGAAAAGGUAACCGAAAUAAAAGAUGAACCACUUGUUAAGCAAACCAUGCCAGUAUUGGAACAGGAAGGUGACAGAUUCCAAUUGCUUGAGAAAAAUACAAAUUCUUCAGUUCGGCCAGAUGGGGCUCCGAGGAAAAGGAGAAUUUCAGAAACUAAUGAAGGCAUCUUUUCCAAAUGCAUCAAGAAAUCCGAUGAAGCCAGAAAGGUUGGCGACAAAAGCUCUGAGAAAAGACAUAUUGCAUUGGAACAGGUCAAAUGCUUCAUUCAAAGUCAGCUGGACAAGUCAGUGAAAACCUUGGAUCACAGACUCGAACUUCUAAAGCAAAGAAUCGACCACACGCAGUGCCUCCGGAAGCAUGAAGCGAUAGCUAUUAAAAUUGUAAAGAAAAUCUCUAGGCUUGACAGACGCAUUGAUGCUGUAAUAACAAGCCAGAAGAGAGAAUCAUCUAGAAAAGCCCUCCCUACAAGACCACCUUUGCAAAUUGAAAUAAUAAAUUGCCCCAGCCCUCAGCAUGGCAAUGCAAACAGCAUGCCAGCACCGUCAAAAGAGAAGCCAUCCAAUCUUAACAAAGCUAUCCCUAAAAACACAGAAAGCUCCGAAGACAUUAUAUGCCUUUCUGGGGGGAAAGAAAGCUCAGACGUGGGAACAGUGAAUCCUACAGGUGUUCAGCAGAAAGAAACUUCUGUAAAUGCCUCUACUUCAGCUGAAACUCCAUGCAGCUCUAAGGACCCAUUAUUUAUUGAUUUGACUGAUGAUGGAGAUGACAGCAACAAAGCGUAUUCCAUUAGUUUAAUUUGCCAGUCUUCUUUAGAUGGGACACCUUCUUCUUCCCAAGAUUGUGCUACUAAGAAAACCGAUUCACCCGUAGAAAGCCUGGUCCUAAAUCAUCCUCAGCCUGUGCUGCAAACAUCAAAUGAGGUCCCUGAAGCGUUUCGGCACCUCCCUCCGUUACCGCAGGUUGAGCAGCAGCUGGAGAGCCUGUCCAGAUUCAGAUAUACCCGUCCACCUCAAAAGCUGCACCUCACUGUGGUUCAGGUGGAGAAGCCCAAAGGCUUUGGCCUGCGGUGGGAGGUCAGAAAGGUGGAACCAUGGUGUGCUCCUCUAGACAGCUUCCACUUGUUCGUUUGCCUGGAGCUCGUCGGUAAAGGUGCGCCGACCAGCUGGCUUAGGGUGCGGGAAAUUAAGGCCAUGCCUCUCCCCAUGGGUUGCUCGUUAGCCCAGAUUGCUGAUUGCUCCAAGUGUUACUUUACCAUCCAGUCAAAGGACAUUUAUGGACGUUAUGGACCCUUUAGUGACAUUCAUGCCAUUUCGAUGACGUAGCUCCUGUGAGGGGGGAUCUAGGCUCCUACAGGACGUCUACUUUAUGUGUCCCUCUUCUCUCUAUGCUGCCUAUGGCUGGCGCCAGUUUCAGGAUUACAGUUACCGUAAGGUUUGACACCUCACUUCUGAGACUUCCCGUUGACCUCUUGCCUUUCUGCGAGGGGCGCCCUUAACAUUUUAGAUUUUGGAGGGGAGAGAGAAAGGGACCUUUGGCUUUGCUGCUGCUGUUACACUACAACUCCCAUCAUCCUGGCCUGUUCACCAUACUGGCUGGGGCUGAUAGGACUUGUAGUUCAACAGCAUCUGGACUGCUUCGGCCCCUUUCCCCUGUUACAGUUCCUAUAAGCUCAGACCACCAAAACGGUCUCCCUUGCAGGCGUGCCGGGUAGUGGGGGCUGAGGAGUCUUCAGCUUCCCCCCCCCAAAAAAAACAACCAAGGAGUCUUCAGCCCCCCAAAACCCUGUGGUCCGCUCCCCCUCCUCGCCCGAUAUUGCGUGGAUAGGAGGCGGAGCGUGGAUCCUGGGGGCUGCGCUCUGCCUCUUCCUGCCCAAUGCUGUGUAGGGAGAAGGCAGCCAUUUGAGCGCUGGCAUCACAGCAGCGGGGGCGGGACUCCAGUGUGUCCCGGCCCAGCACGCUAUUUGGGAGCGGACGCGCCAUGUGAUGCGCCCCCCCAAUGUGGGGGGCAGGUUGACGCCCCUGCUCCCUUCAAUGUAUUUUCACAUAUCUUGGCAGAAAGAGAUUCAUAAUUGCACCCAUAAUGUCCUCAUCUAUGGCCUCUUCCAGGUCUCUCUCCCACGUCACCUUUAGUGUGCCUUUAGCAGACGUGGAAGUUGGUUCCUUUUGCUUUAUAAAUUAGAAACUUGGCCUUGCCUGAAGGGCAGGUUUCAAAAGCCAUUUGUGAUGCUCCAAAGCCACAUGCACUACAAAGAAGGCAAAAAUACCCCCCUCCCAAUUUUGCAGCUCGCAGACCUACUACAGCUUAGUUAGGGUCACCAGUUCCUCCUCUGAACUUCUAGAUGUGGAAAACUCUCCAGCCAUAUCUGAUCUGCAUUCCUGGUGGCUUUUUUAAAAAAAUCAAAUUAUACCUGUAGUGUAUAAGCCCUGCUGGUCGCCAGAGCUAAAAUUCAUGGUCACCGGUGGCAACUUUCCUCGUGGGACCCUGUCACAAAGAAAGCCGGUAUCUUUGUCACCUGAUUCAUGUUAACUGAUUCAUCCAGUUAAACCUCUAGCUGCUUAGUGCACAUAUUAUUUUUUGCUUUUGUUAGUCAUGGGGAAAGAAGGCAAAGCAAUUAAAGCCUUUGAACACUUGAAAUUCUGAAGACGCACAAAGUGGCAUGCCUUCUACCUCCGAGUAUCCAGUCAGGCGCUGCUUUCAAGCCUGUCUUCCCAGUCCUUCGGGCUAGAAGGCUGCUUGAGAACGAAAUGAAAGUUGCUAGUCUCAGAACGCUUGGUUGAACUCAGCAGGCGUUUGUGUGCCUUAGUGGUCCAAUCCCGCCCACUCCUACCUCUUCAUCUUAAUGUCUAGCAUCUCUUUUAAAAAGCUGGGCUUCCCUUCAGCGUUUAGGCAGAUGCUGUCAAGAAACCAAACUGCAACACGGUAUCGGCACAAUACUGGUUGUAACUUUUAUUUCUGUGUACACAGAUGGUAUAUAAAAUACAAAACAACAGAGGCACAGUCGGUAGAGCUAAGCUAGCAGUCUUGACGAUCACUGUCCUCCGCCAAGCAUUUUUGGAUUUCUCAAUUUCUCCCCCAACCCCAGAACUUGAAAAAUGGUAGUACUAACGUACAAAGGAGUGCCUAUUAUUCCCAGGCGAGUUGCAAAGGCAAUAAUAGCAUUGUCAGAAUUGGGGUUUUUUGUAUUCUCUGGUUAUAUAUUGAUUUGCAAUUCAAAUUUCUAUUAAAGUGGUCAGAAAAUAUAA